CGCACACUUUUGCUGGUUGGACCAGGUCGACACCACCGGCGUUGGCAAUGGCAAAGAGGGAGGGAGCAAAGACAUGAUCCUGAGCAGCAAAAUGGUCGAUACAAUCCCUUCAGGGCAACAUUCAUGAGUGGUUGUUGGAAAAGCUAGAGGUGCGCCAGUGGGCGGGCCUCACUUGUACUUGAAAGUGACGAGAAGCAGCAUGAACUCACUCAUUGUGCCAGGUGGGGACGCAAUAAGAGGAGGCACUGCUGAGUGUGACGUCGAAGCUGGGGGUGCUGAGAGCUCCAUACUGGGGCAGAAACGAGGUCGUUGUGACACAGAAAGCCCUGGGGAUUCGCAGUCGUGUGGGAUAUGCCUCGCGGAGGUGGACGAUCAAGGCCUUCUUGACUCCUGUCAGCAUGCAUACUGCUUUGAUUGUAUCAUGAAGUGGUCCCAAGUUGAAUCUCGGUGUCCCACCUGCAAGAGAAGGUUCCACCGUGUGACCCGUACCAUGAUGGAAGGAGCUGGUCGGCGCGGCAGCCUAAGCCGGCCCCGCAGCUUCCGCAUCCCGGUGAAGGACCAGGUGUAUCAGCCGAGCGCGGAGGACCUGGCGGCGUACGCCAACACGGUGUGCAUGGUCUGCCUUGAGUCAGACAACGAGCACCUGCUGCUGCUGUGCGACGUGUGCGACGGCGCUGCCCACACGUACUGCGUGGGGCUGGGGCGGCAGGUCCCGGAGGGGGACUGGUUCUGCGCCACCUGCACAGGAGCUGAUGACGGCGCCACCUCCGGCAGUGACGCCUCAGUUGGCGAGGAGGAGCUGGGGGAGAGCAGCGACAGCGGGGCAGCUGCGGAGGAGGCACAGCAGGGCAGGCACCCAGGGGGCAUCAUGUCCGACGAGGACAACGACACAGAAUUCCGUCUCGAGAUCCAAUUUGACUCCCAACCAGCCAGGGCUACUGCGACGAGGCAAGGGCGGCGAUUGCGGUCCGCUUCCAGAACGGUACAAGGCCCGCAAGGAGGGGCCGGGGCCGCAGACAGAGGCCGGCGCGCAACGCGGCGCAGGGGAAUUGGGCUUCGAGAGCAACUGCGAGUGUCCAGUGUGCCCUCUCUUGACGGGGGGGGCGCUGUCGGAGCAAGCGGGAGGAAUGGUUGGCGUGAGGGGCGGGUCGGGGACCGCGUAGCAGCCUCGGCGCGUUGGGGGGGCGGAACCGGUUUCGCUCGCACGCUGCAGGCCCAGGUGCAAGACGCGCUGCAGCUGCGGCUGAUGCGUGAGCGCUGGCCCGCCAUCCGCCAGGGCACGCUGCACUUCCCGUCACCCUCUCAUCCUGCCCCGCCGCCGCAAGCUGGCCCCCCAGCCGCCUCCAAGCCGAAGGAUGGCGCUGGCUCGGAAUCGGAGCGCAUGGCAUGGAAGGCGCUUCGGGCGCUGCAGAGCGGAGAAGGGGCCAUGCUGGGCGACACGCGCGUCCAAGGAGGGGCGGGGCCGAAAUCGAGGGCAAGGGCUGCAAAGAAAGAGGAGGGCAAGGGGAUAAGGGGCAGGGCGGCACCCAAGAUCUCGACUGUUGCUGAGCGACCAAGAGGGUCAUCGCGAAAGGAGCUGACUCGGAGUCAUAACGAGGCACGGGAUCAUAUCGAGCAGCGGACUGGCAAUGCCGGCCAACAGACACGGGCGCAGCAGAGGAGGACUGCGGACGAAGACGGGGCCGGGGGGCAGGCUGCGGUGGGGGCGUUGGCAGCAUUCGCAGAAGCGCGGCGGCAAGCAAACGCGGGGUGGGUCGAUGAAGAAGUGCUGCAGGGUCUGAGAGAGGGGCUUGGGGAGGGGCCGUCUAACGGGGGGCAGAGGAAAGGCAGCAAGAGCAAAACGUCGUCAGCGCAUGGCGCAAGGCUCGGCAUCACGCCACAUGGCAGCUGGGCUCGUCGGCCUCCAUCCAACGAGACCGCUCCCACUCGCAGAGUCAGCCAUAGCGGCGAGGUACCGGCCGGGUGGCCGGCAUGCACCCAGGCAGGGGGCCCUGCGUGGUCCGCAGCUGGUGCGGCAGGCCAGCCGAAUUGGCGACGAGAAUGGCACUCCGGGCCGCCAUGGGCGCAGGUGGCCCCUGCAUCUAGUGGAGGCAGUGUCCUGGGGGCCAGCAAGGGCCGCGCAUGGAUUGACAUGUUGCGCCCGCCGUCCAGUCUUGCCGACAGCAGGCCUGCCAGGCUGCCGCCUCCCUCCCUACCUGGCGAGAUUGGGAGCAUGGCGCCGGGCACGCCGCCCCCCCUGUGGCCUCGCUCCCCGGUUGCCGAGGGCGCCUCUUGUCUUCCGGCACCGCUGCUGCCGUCCUCUUGUCUGAGACCCGCACCCGCAGUCCCGUCGACGGCUGCCGCCCCGCACGCAGCGGGGCCCUCAACAACACCUGAUGUUGGUCAGGGGGCCUGGCGGCCAAGCCCUGAAAUUCCGCAGGCUGGGGUCAAGGAAUCAGGUGAAGGAGUGGCGACUGGGGAGGUCUUGCCCAAGGAAAGGGCGGCCCUAGCCGGCGGUGCGAACACGGCUGGGGAGGUGGGAGCUCACCAGGUCUUGAACAGGGCAGCUGGCGGGGUGGGCGCAAGCAACGUCGGGGAAGGGGGCCACGGGAUGGAGGCGGCGAAGCGGGUCAAGGACGAGCUGGCCGAGGCAGUGAAGCGGCAGCUGGCGCCACUGUACAAACGGAAGGUCAUCGACAAAGAAGAAUUUCGAAAGGCAGCCGUAGGCGCUUCUCGCGCCUUGCUGCAAAUGCCAUCGGCACAAGCACAUACAACCUAA